AUGAAAGGCUCCGAAACCUGCAAAACCUUUAUCGGCGUCAGAGUUCUUGGUGCGGAUGAUAGCACGAUUCACAGAGGUACCUAUUCUUACGACCGUGGAAGCCCAGCCUCCGAGGAAUCCAAGCCCUUGAGCAGAAAUAUCGUCGAGAGGGCAGUUGAGCCCGAUCCCUCAGAAGCCAUUGAGAUACCUGAGGCUCUAGACAUGCCACCAGCGGAGGAAGAGGAUUCUUACCUUCCGAGGAUAAAGAAAGGCAAGAAGAAGUCCAAAGUUGCAUCGAAACGGGCUAUAUUUGAAGAACCAGAAUUUUACAGCGUGGUGCAGCAACUUUGGAUCAAGUCCAUCGUCAGAUCAGCUCCGCAACAGCCUUUACAAACGAUCUUCCAAGGUCCAGUGGCCAGUUCACGUCUGUAUUACGCGCUGUCUGCACGACUUGCACAAGAUAACGCACAACUAAGCUUGGUAUUUCAGCUGAGUAGAGCAUACGAAACCCUAAGUGACGAAAAUUUACGACGCAGUUACGACAUCGAACGGCUGCAGAUCCAAACGACACAUCAAAAAGCAGAAGAAAGAGCGAAACGAGACACGGAGGCUGCUGCCAAAGCAGAAAGCCAAAAAUCCGCAAAAGAGAGGGCUACUAGAGAAGCUGAAAAACAUCAAAGCAGAUCUACAAUCGAAGGCUUAGCGAAGAAGAAAGAAGUCGUCGAAUCAGAGAUUUCUACGGUCAUACAUGCGAUAACGAGACUAAAGUCAGAAUUAAAGAACAUUCAGACACUUAAGGAAGAAGCUCUUGCGGAGGAGAGGGCACGAAACAGAUGGUCCAAACGUGCGUGUUCUUUUGUCUUUGAUUCGCGUGAAAAGCUAGAGAAUACGAGGCGAGAAAGAGAGAUGCAGCUUUUACAGAGACUUGCAAGUGUGACUAUCAAGGAAAAGGAAUUAUCGAGGGAGUGGGGCAAUUUUGAGGAUUUGUACCGUCUCUUGUCCGGCGUGGAGAAAGAAAUUGCUGCAGAAAUAUUGAUCAGCCAAGAGAGAGAGGAACGCUGGCGACGAGAAGAGCUUAGAACCCAGAUGAAACGAGAAAAGGAUUUUAGGGAACAAGAACGGGCUGCAGAAGAGCAACAAAAGAAGAAAGAAGAAAAGCUAAAGAGAGAAGAAGAAUGGCGAAAGAAGGAAGAAGAGCGGCUAAAGAUAGAAAAACGGCUUAAGAGAGAAGCAAAACAAGCAGAGGAGCGGUGCCAAAUAAUGGCUGAAAUACUGGUACAGAGAGGAGAAGAGUAUGAACCGUGGAAGAAGGAAGAAACCCAAGAAUGGCUUGCUUAA